UUUCCUUCUGGGCAAACUUAAUAUACACUGUUCAUGGUAUAAAAGUGUUUACAUUGAGGGGCGAUCCUUGUUUUCUUCAACGCGAAAUAUUAGCUUAGAAUCAAUCACUGAUUUUUAAUGUCUGCCUUAAGCUCAUGUUUUUGUUGUAGAUGGGAAUGGAUCUUAAGAAUUUUACUGAGGUUGUUAGGUAACAGUGGUGUAUAUUCAGGUCCGCUCCGACCAGAAUUGAUUGUCUAUUCAGUAAUACAUACUGCAAAUUACAACGGCCGAACUAUUAAUACUUAAAACGGCUUAUCGAUUCUACAAAUAAAAUACAACUCAUCAUUUUAAUGAAUAGAAAAUACUAUUUGGUUUGCAAUUGUGAAAAUUAACACUAAUUUAUUAAGCAAAUAUAAAAUGGUUAUUCAAAUAUGCUGUUUUCGAAAUAUAUCCAAUAGUUUCACUAGUUAAAGUUUCAGCCAACAUUGUAUAGAUACCCAGGUACCCGGUUUUUUAUAAAUACGAUCCACUUUCGCAGCCCAAUUACAUUCCUACUUGUGGUAGGUUUUGACGUUUAGCUGAUAUUUCCACAAGACUAGAAUUUUGUCUUCAGCCAUUACCAUUUUUACUUCUAAAAAAGUAAUUUAUCUUUAUUUUCUGUGGUGUAAAAUACCGUAACGCGAAAUUAAAAAAAAAAUGGCGAGCAUUGCAACAAAAGGAUCCACCUUGGUAAACAAAUUGUUGGUACAAGCAAGACCACAACUUGAAACUUUUCUUAAGUACGCAAAAGUGGAGCUAACACCACCCACUCCAGCUGACAUUCCAGCUAUUCGUCAAGGAAUUGGUCGUCUCAUUAAUGGUGCUCGUACUGGCGCAUACAAAAACCUGACUGUAAAAGAGGCAUGGUUGAACACACUCGUUACUGCCGAGGUUAUCUUCUGGUUUUAUAUUGGUGAAUGUAUUGGCAAACGUCACUUGGUGGGUUAUAAGGUCUAAGGACUUCGUGAGUAGUUAAAAUGUAAACAAAACCAAAACGAAACGAAACAAAUGAAGCAAAAAUAGAUAAAUCCCAACAAUUUUGCGUUAAACAUUAAAUAAAGGAAAUCACAUUCUUUUC